AAUUCCAAGUUCUUGCAUAGAGACUCAAUCACCUUCAUCAUCAAACUUGCUCUGACAGCGGCUUCCCACAAGCUUCCCCAUCACUCCACAAUGUCCUCGCAAGACAAAGCCAAAACCUCUUACGCGCAAGUCGCAACAGCCUACGACGGCUACGCUCAAACCCCAGCCGGCAUCAUCGAAGCCCAACUCAUCGCCCGUGCCCUCGGCCCCGGCGAUCUCACCGGCCUUCACGUCCUAGACCUCGGUGGAGGCAGUGGUAUCCACGCCAGAGAAUGCAUCGACUACGGCGCGGAAUCAGUCGACAUUGUCGACAUCUCCCCCGAGAUGCUCAAAAUCGCUUCCAACAUUGAAGAGUCCCUCGGCCGCGAGGGCAAGAUCCGGUUCUUUGAAGCUGAUGUCUCGAAGCCUUUGUCUGAGUACAACCACCCACUACGAGAAAAGUACGAUGUCGUCAUGGCGAACUGGAUCUUCAGCCACGCCGACAAGAGGUCAACUCUGGAGGGCAUGUUUGCCAAUAUUGGCGCCUAUUUGAAGCCAGGGGGGAUCUUUGUCGGGAUUAGAGAUGCGAAUCCCUUCAGUCAUGAGUUCAAGAGGGGGAAGUAUGGGGCUCAUACGGGCUGGGUCAAGGAGAUUGAAGGAGGGGUGAAGUAUUGGGCUGUUUUGCACUGCAAGCCUGAGCCGGUCGAAUUUGAGGUUGCUUCGCUUGAGAUUAUCUAUGGGGGGUCGAAGGAGCUGUAUGAGAAUGCUGGGUUGACAAAGAUUGUGGAGAUGUCACUGGAGAGAUCCUUUUUUGGCUGUUGUGCGUGCUGUGAAGACCUAGACCCUGGUUCAUAUUGGAAAGCCCUCUGA